CACCCUCUCAAUGCGCUGUGCAAUUACUCCUGAUCACCUCUUCCUCUCCUACCUCCUUCCUCCUCCAGAUCCCCCUCUCAUGGCUUCUCUUCCCCAACUCUUGCCCUUUCUCUGAAACCAUGCAGGCAGUGGAAGUAAGAGAGCAAGAUCGGAAGAGCACUUUGUCAUCACUCUCAGCGCUGAUCGUGUACAUGUAUCUGCAUAUCUGAUCUUGGUCUUCUUUUUCUUGUUCUCGAUCAUGUGUACGUUUAAGUAUUUCUUUUAUAGUUAAGAGCUGUUUCACCUCUCUUCUUUCUCCUCCUUGAGAUAUCUAGGUUUAGAGAGAGAGAGAGAGAGAGGGGAGCGGUGGAAUUAGGGUUUAGUUGAGAGAAAUAUGCCUGUGGGGAUCAUGAUACCUGCAAGACAUCAAUCAGCAGCAGCUUCCGUGAUGGGGAGGAACACAGGCACCAGCUUUGGCUCUUCCUCAGUCUUGUCCCUCGGUCAGCCGAGCUUGUUGGAGGCGGCGCAGCAGAUCCCGCGGCAGUACCAGCACGGCGGCAGCCAGCUGAUGGAGAUGGCGCCGGCGACCACAGCGGAGAGCGAUAUGGCUCGGGACGGGGACUUCGAGAGCAAGUCCGGCGGCAGCGAGAACAUCGAGGGAGCCUCCGGCGACGACGACCAAGACCAGAACCAGCGGCCGCGCAAGAAGCCCUACCACCGCCACACUCAGCUUCAGAUCCAAGAAAUGGAAGCGUUCUUCAAGGAAUACCCUCAUCCGGAUGACAAGCAGAGGAAAGAGCUGAGCAGAGAACUCGGUCUGGAGCCUCUGCAAAUCAAAUUCUGGUUCCAGAACAAGCGCACCCAAAUGAAGAAUCAACACGAGCGGCAAGAGAACAGCGGGCUGCGCGCAGAGAACGACAAGCUACGGGCUGAGAACAUGAGGUUCAAGGAGGCCCUCAGCCACGCCUCCUGCCUUAACUGCGGCGGCCCCGCCGCCCUCGGCGAGAUGUCGCUCGACGAACACCAUCUCCGCAUCGAGAACGCUCGUCUUCGCGAAGAAAUUGAUAGAAUAUCGGGUAUAGCGGCAAAAUACGUAGGGAAGCCAAUAGGGACGGCGGCGGCGGCGGCUGCGUCGUCUUACCCGCUGCUAUCUCCGACGACGUCGUCGAGGUCUCCGUUGGAUUUGGGGUUCUUCGGCGGCGGCGGGGAGCUGAUCCGGGGCCUGGCUGGACAAAGCGAGGUGGAGAAGCCGGUGGUGGUGGAGCUGGCGGUGGCGGCGAUGGAGGAGCUCAUCCGGAUGGCGCAGCUCAACGAGCAUCUAUGGGUGCCUCACGAUACCAUGAACGCUGCCGCCGGCGGUGCCUGCGGGGAGACGCUUAACGAGGAGGAGUACGCGCGAGCCUUCCCACGAGGCCUCGGGCCGAAGCAGUUCGCGCUCAAGACGGAGGCGUCCAGGGAGACGGCAGUGGUCAUCAUGAACCAGAUGAACCUCGUGGAGAUGCUCAUGGACGCGAAUCAAUGGUCAAACGUGUUCACGGGGAUCGUGUCGAGAGCUCUCAUGCUGGAAGUGCUAUCCACCGGAGUCGCAGGCAAUUACAACGGAGCUUUGCAAGUGAUGUCAGCAGAAUUCCAAGUUCCCUCUCCGCUCGUUCCGACGAGGGAGAGCCUCUUCGUCAGGUACUGCAAGCAGCAUCCCGACGGCACUUGGGCCGUGGUCGACGUUUCCCUCGACGGCCUCCGGCCGGGCCCGGUUCUUAGGUGCAGGAGAAGGCCCUCCGGCUGCUUGAUCCAGGAAAUGCCCAACGGCUACUCCAAGGUGACGUGGGUGGAGCACGUCGAAGUAGACGACCGCUCUGUUCACGACAUAUACAAGCCACUGGUCAACUCCGGCCUAGCGUUCGGUGCCAAGAGGUGGGUCAGCACUCUGGAUCGCCAAUGCGAGCGGCUCGCCAGCGUGAUGGCCAGCAACUUCCCCUCUGCAGAUAUCGGCGUGAUAACGAGCGCAGAAGGACGAAAGAGCAUGCUGAAGCUGGCGGAGAGGAUGGUGGUGAGUUUCUGCGGCGGCGUGAGCGCGUCGACGACACAUCAGUGGACAACGCUGUCGGGAAGCGGGGCGGAGGACGUGCGCGUGAUGACUAGGAAGAGCGUGGACGACCCCGGUCGUCCGCCGGGCAUCGUCCUCAACGCCGCCACCUCCUUCUGGCUCCCCGUCUCGCCCAAGCGCGUCUUCGACUUCCUUCGCGACGAAACCACUCGCAGCGAGUGGGAUAUACUCUCUAACGGCGGAGUCGUUCAAGAAAUGGCGCACAUCGCCAAUGGCCAAGAUCAAGGCAACUGCGUCUCUCUUCUCCGUGUCAAUAGCACGAACUCGAACCAGGGGAACAUGCUGAUACUGCAAGAGAGUUGCACGGACGCGACGGGGUCCUACGUCGUCUACGCGCCAGUCGACGUCAUGGCCAUGAACGUGGUGCUGAACGGCGGCGAUCCGGACUACGUGGCGAUCCUCCCCUCCGGCUUCGCCAUCCUCCCCGACGGGACUUCCGCAGCGGCGCAAGGAAUGUCGGCGGCCGGCGGCUCCCUCCUCACCGUCGCUUUUCAGAUCCUCGUCGACUCCGUCCCCACCGCGAAGCUCUCCCUCGGCUCCGUCGCCACCGUAAACAGCCUCAUCGCCUGCACCGUCGAGCGAAUCAAGGCAUCCGUCGCCGGCGAAACCAUUCCCCACUGAGAACAUCGUCUGUAACAUGAGAAGAAGGUGGGAGUCAAGAACGCACCUCGUGCUUCCCUUGCCGCGUGGUGCCGGUGGAAUCAAGCAAACAAAACCACGACGUCCGUGCGUGCACCACUGUGCAAGGAGGGCUGGUUCGGGUAUUGACUUUCUAAUAUAUUUCUCCAUCACUUACUAGUUACUACCGCCUCUUGGUUUUGUCCUACUGCUACUUGCUAUAAUUAUUAUUUCCAAUUUGUCCUGUAACGUUAUUGGACUUGAACCGUAGAACAGGCUUCUACUUGUUCCUGCUUUUUGUAAUUUAAUUCUAGCCAUUUUUUCUUUUAUAAUCCAGAUCUCUCUAAACCUUCGACCCAAUUA